AUGUCGGGCGCGGCUAGCAUCGGGCUGGACCUGGGCGCAGGCAAGUGCUGUGUUGCCAGCGUGCGCGCUGGAGCGGUGACGGUGUUGCCAAACGCUCACGGCGACAAGACCACUCCGAGUUUUGUUGCCUUCACCGACUCCCGCAGCCUCGUGGGCAGCGAUGCCAGGGACCAGGCGACGCUCAACCCAGAGAACACUUUUUAUGGCAUUAAGACCAUCCUCGGCAGCAACUUCAACAUGCCUCCGCAAGGAAAGUCGCACUAUUUCAAUGUUGAUAACCAAAAUCCACAGUCAAUACGUCCAUUGGAUGAAGAGGACCUAACCGUACUUCCAUACUUUCCCGUAUUUUCCACAACCGAGGAUGGCUCACCCGUCUUUGAAGUUGCGUACAGGAAAGAGAACGUGAAGCUGCGCCCUGAACAAAUAACGGCUUUGCUAAUCGACAAGAUGAAGUCUGAAGCAGAAGAUCACUUAGGAAGCGAAGUUAAAAGCUCAGUCAUUUCUGUGCCCGUAAAUUUCAGCAACGCGCAGCGACAAGCCACUCUUGAUGCGGCCCGCAUUGCCGGCCUUAAGGACGUCACGCUGAUCAACUCGACCACCGCUGCCGCCAUCGCCUAUUGGGAUCAUCACCCCAGAGAUAAUGACUGCAUCGCUGUCGUCGAUUUCGGUGCAGGUUCUCUGAGUCUCGCAGUGGUCUCCAUUGAUCACAAAGUAGUUAAAGUUCAGGAAGCAUUUGGAUGCUCCACU